CUUCUUCUGACGACCACCAGCACAACGCAGCCUCCGCCGCUGGCGGCGGCUGCAGCAACGACAGUUAUGGAUUCUCUCUCUUUGACCCCAUUCGCUCCCUCUUCUCUAUUCACGGCCGCCGGCGUGACGAUCCCAUUCCGGGGAGUAAAUAGGCAAAAGGUGGAGGUUUUUGCGCUUAAAAAGCGGAGAGUUCGUACCGCCGUGACGCCAUUGUUGAGCGUUGGUUAUCUACAUUCUCUUCUCACGCAAACAGCGUGUUUUUUUUGUUUAUAUCAUUCUCAUAUAUCUAUGUGCAUAUCUAUACGUUUUCCUUCUCUCCGCUUUACAGUAAAAUUUCAUAGGGUCUUUCUGUUCAGAUGCGGAUAGUCCGCAUCUUUACAGACAUGUCUAUUUCACCGAGCCUCUUUCUGAGACAGUGCCCAGAUCGUUACGUCUUUCGUGCGGAGCGAAACUUAUCCGACAAAGAAUUUCAUUACCUUAUGACCGUUAUAGUUACGGCCACCGUUCACCGGGGCUUCGGUCGCCGGCUCUCUAUCAUCAGGUCACCAACUUCCUUGACCUUCCGGCGCUGGGCAGGAAUUUCCAUCUCAAUUAGUUGGCAAUAGCGGAUGAUCGUAGUGGAAUUAGCAAAAAGCGGACGAGGAGAAUCUAUUCGAAAUGAUAUUCGUCCAAUCUAGAGAAGACGAGGUGAGGGAGUUCUUAGAGAAAUUGGAAGUUGAAUUGGAGAAGGUGAACAACUUCUACAUCAACACGGAGAGAGAGUUCUGCGAGCGCGGAGAAAUUCUGAGCAAGCAGCUCCAGAUACUGCUGGACCUCAAACAGCUCUACCAUGACCAUCACCGUCUUCGCCGCCGCCAAUGCCACAGCCCCACUUCCCCUCCCGCCUCCCUCUCCAACUCCACCUCCUUCUCCGAAACAGAGACAGAGAUAGGGAGCCCACUGGGGGACGUUGCGCCGGGAAGGGAAACAGGGGUAACAGAGGAGGCGAUCAUAGCGACGUUGGAGAGGAACGGGGUGAGCUUCCUGGGUCUUGGCGCGAAGGCAAAGAUGAAGAAAACGGGGAGGCUGCGGGCGGCGGCGACGCUGCGGAUCGACAUCCCGGCGACUACGCCGGCUAGGUCGAUAUCGAUGGUGUGGGAAGAGAUGGUGAAGAGCAGCAGCUCCCGCAAGGAAGGAGGUGACUACGUGAAUAAAAAGAAGCUGCAGCGGGCGGAGAAGAUGAUCAGAGAGGCCUUCGUACACCUCUACAAAGGCGUCGGCCACCUCAACACAUACAGUUCUUUGAACAUAGAAGCUUUCAGGAAGAUUCUCAAGAAAUUUGAAAAGGUGUCAAAUCAACGACAUGAAGCGGGUUCGUUCUCGAGGAAGGUGAAAAGAUCGCACUUCGUCAGCUCGGACAAGGUGUUAAAGUUGGGAGACGAGGUAGAGUCCAUUUUCACAAAGCACUUCGCCAGCAACGAUAGGAAAAAAGCCAUGAAAUUCCUCAGACCUCAACAGCCCAAGGAGUCUCACAUCAUCACCUUCUUAGUUGGUUUAUUCACCGGCAGUUUUGUGACACUAUUCACCGUGUAUGCUAUCUUGGCUCAUUUAUGUGGCAUCUUUUCUUCUGAAUCUGAUUACAUGGAAACAGUUUACCCUAUAUUCAGUGUGUUUGCGUUAAUUAGCCUGCACAUAUUCUUGUAUGGAUGCAACAUAUUGGCCUGGCGAGGGUGUAGAGUUAAUCAUAACUUCAUCUUUGAGUUCUCACCCAACACCGCUCUCAAGUACCGUGAUGCCUUCCUCAUCAGCGCCUCCCUCAUGACUGCUGUCGUCGCCGCCCUCGUCGCCCACCUCCUCCUCCGGUCUGCUGGUGUAUACUCCCAACAGCACGUGGAUACUAUUCCAGGAGCCCUCUUACUGGUAUUCACUGUGUUGCUCUUGUUGCCCUUCAAUGUAUUCUACCGCUCAACACGCUAUUGCUUUCUCCGUGUGAUUCGCAAUAUUAUCUUCUCCCCUCUGUACAAAGUGUUGAUGGUUGACUUCUUCAUGGCUGAUCAGCUGACCAGUCAGAUUCCAUUACUGAGACAUAUGGAACUGGCAACAUGUUAUUUCAUGGUUUCUGGAUUUAAAGGGCAGCCUUAUGAGACUUGCACUCGCAGCCAGCAGUACAAGCUGAUGGCCUACAUCAUCUCCUUCUUACCCUAUUACUGGCGUGCGAUGCAGUGUUUGAGGCGGUACAUGGAGGAAGGAUACGACAUGAACCAACUAGCGAACGCAGGGAAGUAUAUAUCGGCAAUGGUGGCGGCAGCGGCACGGUUGAAGUAUGCAGUGGAGGGGACGCCAAUGUGGUUAGGCAUCGUCAUCCUCACCUCCACUGGUGCCACUCUUUACCAGCUGUUUUGGGACAUGGUGAAGGACUGGGGGCUCCUUGACCUCGGAUCCUCUAACCGCUUUCUGAGAGAUGAGCUUAUUCUCAAAAACAAAUCCUAUUAUUAUGUUUCCAUGUGUUUGAACUUUGUGCUUCGACUUGCGUGGAUUGAGAGUGUGAUGCGAUUGAGCUUAAACCAAGUCGAGCACAGACUGAUUGAUUUUUUGCUCGCUUCUUUGGAGAUCAUUCGACGAGGCCACUGGAAUUUCUACAGAUUGGAGAAUGAGCAACUGAAUAAUGCAGACAAGUUCAGGGCUGUGAAGUGUGUGCCAUUGCCAUUCUCUGAGAUGGUCUCUGAAGGAUGAUUAGCAGUAAGUUAACUGGUUAGUGCAGUAGCUGUUGAUGGGGUAGCGAAGAAGGCGAUGGAGAAAUAAAUUAAAGGCAGAACAUGGAAAGAUGGAUUUCAGACAUCAAUGAGAGAAUUAACUAAUGUAGAGGUAGCAGUACUGAUUAAAGACCAGUUAACAGCUGAUGCAUCUGCAUUAAUUCCAUAUUGUAUGAGGUGGAUCAAUAAAGAAAAUCAAUCUCAUUAACUACGGUGAAGUGAUCUCCUUUAUUCAAGAGCAGCACUGGAUGAAAGGGAGGGGAAAUAGAUCCGACUAAUAAUGUUUGCUUAAUUAGUUUCCUGGCGGUUAUGUAAUAAAUUACGACAUCAAAUGAUGGCGGAGUUUUUGGAUUUUCUUUUUAGAAAAUAAAAGACAGAAGGAAGGGAAAGGGUUUAUCAUUUGGGCUGUGUUUGAUUGAGUGCAAUGUAAUUGAGCUUGUAACAUAUAAAUUUGUAAUGUAAGGUAAUGUAAUGUAAUCUUGAUUACAUUACUAGGUUUGGUAAUGUAAUCUAUGUAAUCUUUGAUUACAAAGAUGAUUACAUUCUUUUA